GGGUCACAACACUAGAAUAAGUUGUUCAAGGAAGAUCCUAUCGUGUCUGUUGUGUCUGGUGGCAAUGCAGGUGAAAAGUCAGAUCAAGCAAAGUUGCGGGCGAUCCCCAGUCUGCAACGCCGUACGUCAUCAGGUACUGAGGCAGCAUGGCUCGCAGUUGCGAAUAAUACGGCGCGUUACUCAUUAUGCAAGACGAGGCGAGACAAGGUGCCAGUCCACUGCAGCAGUGGAAGAGGCACCUGUAGCUGAGGCCCCACAAGCCAGACCUCCACCUAAAAUCGCUAGCAAUGUUACAGAGCUCAUAGGCAACACACCUAUGGUGUACCUCAACAAGGUUGCCCGGGGCGUAAAAGCACGCAUUGUUGCAAAGCUGGAGACCCAGGAGCCUUGCCGCAGCGUGAAGGACAGGAUCGGCCUCAACAUGAUCGAGGACGCCGAGUCCAAGGGCCUCAUCAAGCCAGGGAAGACAACGUUGGUGGAGCCGACAUCUGGCAACACAGGCAUCGGGCUGGCGUUCAUUGCAGCAGCCAAGGGCUACAAGCUCAUCCUGACCAUGCCCGCCUCCAUGUCCCUGGAGCGCCGCGUGCUGCUGCAGGCCUUUGGCGCCGAGCUCAUCCUCACUGACCCCGCCAAGGCGAUGAAGGGCGCUGUGGCAAAGGCGGAGGAGAUUGCGGCGAAGACAAAGAACUCAUAUAUUCUGCAGCAGUUUGAGAACCCAGCGAAUGCCGACAUCCACCGGCUUACCACCGGGCCCGAGAUCUGGAGGGACUCUGCCGGCCAGGUGGAUGUGUUUGUGAGCGGCAUCGGAACGGGCGGCACGAUUACAGGGACCGGGGAGUACCUGAAGAGCCAGAAGGACGUGCAUGUGGUGGCAGUGGAGCCCAGCGAGAGCCCUGUGCUGUCAGGCGGCUCCCCCGGGCCCCACAAGAUCCAGGGCAUCGGCGCCGGCUUUGUGCCGGGCGUCCUCAACACCAAAGUAUACGACGAAGUCAUCCAGGUGAGCAGCGAGGAGGCGAUAGACAUGGCGCGGCGGCUGGCGACGGAGGAGGGAAUCUUCUGCGGCAUUUCCUCGGGAGCGGCCGUGUGCGCGGCGCUGCGCGUGGGCGUGCGGCCCGAGUACGAGGGCAAGCUGAUCGUGGUGGUGCUGCCCUCGUUUGGGGAGCGCUACCUGUCGACGGUGCUGUUUGCAAGCACGCGCGAGGAGUGCCAGCAGAUGGGCGUUAACGAACGCGUCCUGCUCUCCGACCAGUCCGGACGCCAGUUCUUCGUGCCGCCCCUCUGAUGCAUCAUUGUUGCAAUGGCCUGACUUCGGAUUUGUCAAAAGCGUGGAGAGUGGCUUGGGGAGUGGGAGCGGGUGGUUCUCUUGAAGUAUUUGCAAAAAGGGCCGCAGGGCCAACAAACUCUGGGGCAAAAACAAUGGAGGGACUGGCUCUUGAAAGGUGCAGCCUCGGCAGCUGUGGCUGCAGAGGAAGCCGGGCUCUUUGGAAAGAAAGAUUUUGUGAUUGAAGUUUUGAAAUACAGUCCCGUUUCUUUUAGGAACGCAUGCAUUCAUACAAGGACAAAGAAUUGCGUCAAUUUAAGUUUCAUUGACCUUCUUGCAGCUCCUUGCUAUCAGUCACAGCACUCAGGCCUGAUCAUGACAGACAUGUUCAUUAUGUAAGCAGUCAUUCGAAUGGU